AUGGAUGAGUCCAUCCAGCCAAAAAAUGCACAACCGGGGUUCUAUGAAUACCUGAAAGGAUCAUUCGCUAAGUUUUGUUGUUCUAAGUGUAAUAAUUCAUGGACAUCUAGGAGAGUGCUGGUGAUAUUUCAUUUCUCACAUGAUGCAGCAAAUGGGUGUGGCACUGUAAAGAUGCGCUGCUGUAGGCAGGAAUGUCGCCGCUGCAGUGUUCCCUCAAAGGAGCAGCCAGAAUUUCAUCGAGAGAACAUCGACGUGAUGGUGGAGAAACUGAUUGAGAAGAUUCAAUUCAAGUGCUAUGAGAAGAGAAUGAUACAAUCAAACCGAACCUCAAGAUUUAACGGUAGAGUGAACGGACCACAUGAAAGCGCACUCUGUGAGGCCUGUGGGCUGGGGAUCUGCCAAAAAGGCAUAUGA